ACACGCCCGGUCGUCAUGGAGAUGCGGGCCGCUUGGAGGCGGACAGAGGCUGGAGCCGGUGAAUGGAGCAGGAAUUGCGGCGGCCCAUCCCAGCGGGCGGCGAGGGUGAGGAGGCGUCCUCGUCCGCCGGCUCCGUGGGUGAAAUGGUUGAUUUAAGUGGCAGGGGGCUGGAGCAGUUGCCCGAGCACGUUCUCCAACGGCCGGGGUUGGAGAACUUGUAUCUGGAAGGAAAUGCCAUAUCUGAACUUUCUGAGGACUUCUUUCAUCGAUUACCAAAUCUUAUCUGGUUGGAUCUACGAAAUAAUAAGCUCACACGUCUUCCUCUUUCAAUUGGGAACCAUAGAUGCCUUAAAACACUGCUCCUUGAGGGAAAUCCUAUCCGAAAGCUGCCAGUGGAACUCGGUAAUGUGACUUCAUUGAAGGCCCUUAAUCUUAGAAAAUGUCCGAUUGAAUUUCCUCCUGAUGGUGUUCUGCAGCAAGGAUUGGCGAUCAUUCUGGCCUUCCUCAGAAAGCCUGGGGCAAUCGAAGCUGAGCAUAGUGCAGAAUCUGCUUGUGAUACAGAAAUGCCAGUGAUAGAAAAACUGCAGCUGAAUGCACUAACGGAAUCAAGUUUAGACUUCUCUGAUGAGAAUGAGCGGCAACAAUUCAAAACGUUGAAACAGAAACUAGCACAAGAAGAGAGAAGAGAAGGAUUUCUCCAGUCUAGGAAAGUCUGGGGUGCAGGUUUCCUAUCAAAUGUGCCCAGCAUUCUGAGAAAGGAAGGUUCUAAUCCAAAUGCAAUAUUUCCAGAGUCAAAAGCUUAUGACGUAUCCAUUCAGGUAAAGAGAAAGAAAGAUCUUAGGCUAGCUGCACUGAAGGAGCUCAAAGAAAAGCAGGCAUAUAUUGAACAGAGAAAACUAGACCAUAAAGCAUUAAAGAAUUGGAGAGAUCAGGCUAAGUUAAUGCAAGAAAAGAAAGAAAGAGAAAGAAAGCAAAGGUCUCCACAUCCAUCAGAAAAGAACAUGAUAGUGAAGAAUGCACCAUUUGCUACAGAUCCAAAUUACUACCACACAGUAAGAGUUGCAGAUGUGAAAAGAAUACCUGUCCACAAACAUAACCAAAAAAUAGAUUUUGAAAAGGAAAUGGAAGAAGUAAGAGCUGCUAAAGAUCGUGACCUGCAGCUACGGAUCCAGCAGCAUAUUGAACUGAUGCGAGCCAGAAGAAAACAACCAAAGGGAACACCACAAGAAGAAUUAGAGGCUGCAAAGAGAGAGUUAGAAGUUGCUGUAAAUCUGAAAUCUGAACUUGCUCGAAGAAAAAUCAUGGAUAAUCCACUGGAAAGUAAUUUUCGUGCAGUCACUGAAGAACUUUUAUCAAGCACUUCACCCAUUACCAGUUCCUAAAAUGGUAUUUCUGGCAGGAAGUUCAAAUUGAUGAUCAUACUGCUGUUCAUAACGGAUGCAAAAUAAAUGGUAACGUCAGGCGAGUUAAUAUUCACCAUUUAGAACCAAAUUGAAUCAGUAGUGCUUUUCUGUUGAUACAUCCUGUUUCAGCUUACAAUUAUUUGUAACAGGAAAUCAUUUGUUAUUAAA